GCAACUGGCACCCCUGGCAGCGAGGCAUCUGGCAUCCCUGGCAGCGAGGCAUCUGGCACCCCUGGCAGCGAGGCAUCUGGCACCCCUGGCAGCGAGGCAUCUGGCACCCCUGGCAGCGAGGCAACUGGCACCCCUGGCAGCGAGGCAACUGGCACCCCUGGCAGCGAGGCAUCUGGCAUUCCUGGCAGCGAGGCAUCUGGCACCCCUGGCAGCGAGGCAUCUGGCACCCCUGGCAGCGAGGCAUCUGGCAUCCCUGGCAGCGAGGCAUCUGGCACCCCUGGCAGCGAGGCAACUGGCACCCCUGGCAGCGAGGCAACUGGCACCCCUGGCAGCGAGGCAACUGGCACCCCUGGCAGCGAGGCAACUGGCACCCCUGGCAGCGAGGCAACUGGCACCCCUGGCAGCGAGGCAUCUGGCACCCCUGGCAGCGAGGCAACUGGCAUCCCUGGCAGCGAGGCAACUGGCACCCCUGGCAGCGAGGCAUCUGGCACCCCUGGCAGCGAGGCAACUGGCAUCCCUGGCAGCGAGGCAACUGGCACCCCUGGCAACGAGGCAACUGGCAUCCCUGGCAACGAGGCAACUGGCAUCCCUGGCAGCGAGGCAACUGGCACCCCUGGCAGCGAGGCAACUGGCAUCCCUGGCAACGAGGCAACUGGCACCCCUGGCAACGAGGCAACUGGCAUCCCUGGCAACGAGGCAACUGGCAUCCCUAGCAGCGAGGCAACUGGCAUCCCUGGCAACGAGGCAACUGGCACCCCUGGCAGCGAGGCAACUGGCAUCCCUGGCAACGAGGCAACUGGCACCCCUGGCAGCGAGGCAACUGGCACCCCUGGCAACGAGGCAACUGGCAUCCCUGGCAGCGAGGCAACUGGCACCCCUGGCAGCGAGGCAACUGGCACCCCUGGCAACGAGGCAACUGGCAUCCCUGGCAGCGAGGCAACUGGCAUCCCUGGCAGCGAGGCAACUGGCAUCCCUGGCAACGAGGCAACUGGCAUCCCUGGCAACGAGGCAACUGGCACCCCUGGCAGCGAGGCAACUGGCAUCCCUGGCAACGAGGCAACUGGCAUCCCUGGCAGCGAGGCAACUGGCACCCCUGGCAACGAGGCAACUGGCAUCCCUGGCAGCGAGGCAACUGGCACCCCUGGCAGCGAGGCAACUGGCACCCCUGGCAGCGAGGCAACUCAG